AUGGCUGUAGCUAUCAAAACCGAAAUUGUGUCUUUGUUGAAUUUAGCAAUAAGGUUAAGCUGGGCUUACACAGAUCCACUCGAAGUUAAAUACAUAUGUGAGGGAGGAAUUAAAUUGGAGUACGAUGAGAAAGAAUAUGAUGAAAAAGAGGUUGAUGCAAAAGAGUAUAAUGUUACAAUUGAAAAUAAAUUCAUAGUAAAUGAAACAUUAAUUAAACCACCUUUACAAACAAGUAGUAUUCUUAGAACACUUCUUAGUGGUAGAAGUUCUCAACAAGUGAAAGUCGAAUGUCCAGAACAACAAGAAACUAGUUCUUCAGUUAUUUGCGUAGUUUGUAAGAAAUCUUUUACGGAUCCUUGGGCUUUAAGAACACAUCAGCGUCGCUCGCAUAAAGUUACAACAGAUGGUAAAGAAAAGAAAAAUAGAACUUAUUUAUGUGAAGUGUGUGGGAAAGCAUGUACGGGAAAAUUAACACUUGAUGAUCAUUACAAUUUUGUUCACACUGGUACAAGACCUUACACGUGUCCUCAUUGUCCAAAAAGUUUUGCAACGCAUAAAUAUUUGGUAAUUCAUCAACGAAUUCAUUCGGGGGAGAAACCUUAUGCUUGCAAACAUUGCGGGAAAAGUUUCACCCAACGAUGUCCUCUCCAGAUCAAAAAUUUCAACCAAGGACUUGUACCAGUUGUAAUAGAUCGUAUACAACGCAAUCAUCAUUUAAAACCCACAAAUACAGAUGUCCAGCUAACCCACUUAUUACAAAGGACAAAUUUAAAACAAAAAGAAGAUGUGGUUAAAAAUACAAGUUGUAACCGUUGUAAUAAAAGUUAUUCUACACGAAGAGCCUACACGAAACAUCGACACAGAUGUAAUAAAAUUAAAAGUAUACCCUGUAAUAUAUGCGAAAAAUUAUUUAAAACGUUUCAAGAAAGAAAUCGCCAUGUGAAAGCAUUACACAAUGAAAAUAGAAACGUUUAUGCAUGCGAUAUUUGCGACGAGUUCUUUUUAACUACAUCAGCAUUAGAACGUCAUGAAAACAAACAUCUCAACAAACACAAAUUUCAAUGCGAUGAAUGCGGUAAAAAAUUUCACAUAAAAUCAAGUUUAAAUCAUCACAUCGCUUUACAACACAAAGGUGUUAGAUAUACUUGCGAAGAGUGCGGAAAAUCGUUUGCUAGCGAACCUUAUUUUCGCAAACAUUGCGUUACACACAAAGAAGAUUAUGUACCACCUAACUUUCAUUGUUUGGAGUGCGGUAAAAUUUAUAACAGAAAAAGUUCUCUUGCCAUGCACAUACAAAUACAUAGGGAUCCUAGCAAAAAAUUUUUCGUUUGCGAAGUUUGUGGUAAAUCCGUCGCUUCGAAAACUAGUUUAAAACAACACGUUAUGUUACAUACAGGAGAAAAACCAUUUAAGUGCGAUGUGUGUGGAAAAUCGUUUAAUAAACAAACAAUUUGUAAAAGUCAUAUGAGAACGCACACAAAGAGUAAACCAUUUAUUUGUAAUAUAUGUGGUAAAGGAUUUUCUCAAAGAACGCCUUUAACUGUUCAUUUAAGGUAUCAUUCGGGCGAGAAACCGUUUACUUGUUUAGAGGCUCAAUUAUUAACUCAAUAA